GCUUCUGCAAGAUGGCGGAGUUGGCUGUGAGUCCGUAUGGCGGUAUUUCGGGAAGAAAAUGAUUUCGAAAGCUUAUCUAAUGUCCAAGAAAAGAAAAAUCGGUCUCGUAUAUAACUCUCAGUGGAUUCCAGUGGAAGAUGAGCAGUGCCUGGACCCCCUUUUAAGCUGAAUGCAUUGUGAUUUCCAAUAAUUGAGACAGUGGUUCUAAAAGCUGUCUACAUUAAUGAAAAGAACAAUGUAGUCAGCUUAGCAUAUUCAACACUGGUUCGUGGUCUAUACAGGGAUGUGCUUCUGCGUGUUUUUCAAAUUAAACUAAGUUUUAGAAAGUCUGUGAACAGGUCAGCUAUAGAGUAAGUACCACUUGGUUUAAGCAGUAGUUCCCAAUAUAGAGAAAAUGGAGAUAGACGAAAUUCGACCCCCACUUCCCUUGGAGCCACCUGAUGAUUUUGACCAGGAUAAUGGCAGAGCACCUCCACCACCUCCCCUGCAAACGUCCAGUGACGCAGAGGUAAUGGACGUUAGCUCUGGUGGUGAUGGAUCCACACACACCCCAGCAGGGGACGAGGACGUGAAGCCACAGCUGCAGCUCCUCUCCAAAGGCGCGGUAACUUUCUUUAGCCAGCCCUCAGACAAGGCCUGCCCCAGAACAGCCCGCCACGCUCCACCAGUCACAGGGUUCCGUCCAGAUCGUAAACUACUCCGAGACGUUAAGAUCCGUGUCAGCUUUGGUGAAUGCAGCAAUAGCAAAGACAGGAAGGUUUUGUACUCAAAUAAAGGGCAGGAAAGUGGAGGGAAGGCCAGCUUAGGCAUCCUCAAUGGUGAGUUGCAUGACUCUAGUGAACUGGAUGCUGCAGAGGGUAGCUCUGGAGUUGGGAAACAGGCUGUCAAAAAAGUAGAGGAAACAGAGGUAGACUUGGAGAACAAGGUAGAGUUUGCCGUUCUGGAUGAGUUGGAUGACUUUUGUGAGAACUUCCUGGAUCACGAUGAUGGGGAGCACAGCAGCUUCAGGUCUGAGGUCUUAGCUCAGCAGGAGCAAGCAGAUGAAGAAGUCCUGACUUACACUUAUGAGGAAGAAUUUGACAAUGAUGUUGACGCACUGCUAGAGGAGGGCCUGCCAGUUCCCAAAAAGAUGCGGUUGGCAGAAGACAAGUAUGGUGGGGACAGCGACCAUCAAUCAGAUGGGGAAGGAUCUGUUCAGCCCAUGAUGACCAAAAUUAAGACUAUCCUGAAGAGUCGGGGCCGCCCGCCCACUGAGCCGCUACCUGAUGGAUGGAUCAUGACAUUCCACAACUCUGGCAUUCCAGUCUACCUGCACAGGGAGACCAGGGUGGUCACCUGGUCCAGACCAUACUUCUUGGGGACUGGGAGUAUCAGGAAACAUGACCCUCCCACCAGCAGCAUCCCUUGUCUGCACUACAAGAAAAUGAAGGAACAGGAGGAAAGGGAGCUGAAUGGGGAGGUUACGCCUAAUGUUGAAGUGUCUCCGGUCAAGCUCAGUGAAGAGACCGACAAUUUAGAGAGGACGGAAGAGCCAGACUCCACAGCUCAGGAGCAGGAAGAUGGCAUGGCCACCAGCCUGGCUGAGGGUGGCCCAGAAACAGAGGCUACCUCAGAGCCUAGACUACAAGGCAAAGAGACCCAACCCUGCGACACUGCUCAAGGAGCCCUCGGGCAGGUCAAAGCUAAGGUGGAAGUGUGCAAGGAUGAGUCCAUAGACCUUAAAGAGUUUCGCAUUUACUUGGAAAAGUGUUUCGAUUUUGAGCAAGUGACGGUGAAGAAGUUCCGUACCUGGGCUGAACGCAGGCAGUUCAACAGAGACAUGAAAAGGAAGCAGGCAGAGUCAGAAAGACCAAUCCUCCCUGCCAACCAAAAACUCAUUACGCUCUCUGUCCAAGAUGCACCCACUAAGAAAGAAUUUGUCAUCAACCCCAAUGGAAAAUCAGAAGUUUGCAUUCUACAUGAAUAUAUGCAACGUGUCCUAAAGGUCCGACCUGUUUACAACUUUUUUGAAUGUGAGAACCCAAGUGAACCCUUUGGCGCCUCGGUCAUCAUAGACGGAGUAACUUAUGGCACAGGAACCGCAAGCAGUAAAAAACUUGCCAAGAAUAAAGCUGCUCGAGCCACACUGGAGAUCCUCAUCCCUGACUUUGUGAAGCAGACGUCUGAGGAGAAGCCUGUAGAGGGCGAUGAACUGGAGUAUUUUAAUCAUAUCAGUAUUGAAGACUCAAGGGUAUAUGAGCUGACUAACAAAGCAGGCCUACUGUCGCCAUAUCAGAUUCUUCACGAGUGCCUUAAAAGAAACCAUGGAAUGGGAGACACCAGCAUUAAAUUUGAUGUGAUCCCAGGGAAGAACCAGAAGAGUGAAUAUGUGAUGACAUGUGGCAAGCACACCGUGCGUGGUUGGUGCAAGAACAAGAGGGUAGGCAAACAGCUAGCCUCUCAAAAGAUCCUGCAGAUGCUUCAUCCCCAUGUGAAGAACUGGGGCUCACUACUCCGCAUGUACGGCAGAGAGAGCAACAAAAUGGUGAAAAAGGAGAGCUCAGACAAGAGUGUGAUUGAGCUUCAGCAGUAUGCCAAAAAGAACAAGCCAAACCUUCACAUCCUAAACAAACUGCAUGAAGAAAUGACUAAACUGGCCAAGGAAAGGGAGGAAACUAGAAAGAAGCCCAAGAUGACCGUUAUGGAGUCUGCCCAGCCAGGGAGUGAGCCCCUCUGCACUGUCGACGUCUAGGAAUCGCUGCAACUGACGAGCCAUGGCACUGACACGUCAUCCUUCACUGUCUUAUGCAUCACAGAGAGACAAUGGCAAUAGAACACAUUUACACAGCUGGUAGUAAUGCUUGCUUUUGUUUUUGUUUUGUUUUUUUCCACUCCCAAAUUUCAUUGGUUCACUGUUGGUGGAUGUAAAAGGUAGGGCUAAAUGCACGAAAAGAUAGUAGAGCAAAUAUUGUCUACCUCUCUAGAUGCAUUCUCUACACGGCACCUUGAUAAAUGUUCAGGGUGCUUUGAAGAUGACAUAACUUGAUAACAUUAUGAACCACAAUACACUGCAUGCUUCCCUACUGAAAAGAACCACUAAAUACUUUGGGUUUGUACUGGUAUCAGCAACUCCAGACUUGCGGUACCAGCAUCUGUAAUUAUGUUUUCACCUAAAUAUUUGAAAGGGAUUACUGAUACUUGUAUUCUGUCAUUCAUUUAAUUGGGUAACAAAGUUACAUGUUGUUUAUUGGACAUUUUGAAGGUUGAUUUUGCUAAUUUUCGGUAAUAAUUAAAAAUAUUUUUCCUCAAGAACAACCAGACUUGGUUUGCACGUUGAAAACAUUUGUUGUAAAGUGAUCACAAGUCAGAACUACAGUUUUGCAUUCUUUCAGAUAUUUGUCAACCCCUCAUGCUGUUACUAUAGAAAUUGUUUUUAGUUGUGUAUUAAGAGGGACUAAUUGCCUUUUUUGCUCUGGCAAUAUGGGAAACAUAUCAACAGACAGCUGACUAUGCUGUUCUGUCACGCUAGUGUCCUGCUCUCAACCUUGCAGAAAACCUGAGCACAGGGCCACGGAGUACUGUAAUAGGUGGUUUUUUUUGGGGGGGGGGGUUGUUUGACGCUUGUAGGUAUAGCUAGCUUUUAAACAUGCUCACUCUUUGUCCCUAACUAGGAAUGCCCUGCAGGUCAACCAACCACUUGGUACAAUUAAGUAGCUUUUGCAAACCUUUCAUUUUCAGUGUCCUUAUGGAAUCAAGUUGGCUACAUGUUGCCUUAGUUAAUCCAUUUCAUGAAGGGCUCUGCAUGUACUUUGGACCUAAACUACCCUUUGAAGGGAAAUGGAAAGACCAAGCCCAUUUUACUUGAUAAAGCAUUUGUUUAGCCAGUUAGUAUUUUUAAUAAUAGCCUAAAAGACACUGAUGCUCUUGGAAAACUGCCUACACUGAUUUUUAAUUGUUUGAAUGGAUUGUGCAUCUGUUGUUGACAUUUACCAUUGUCGUGACAGUUGAUUGUGUCUUGAUUCAUAUUUUUUAACCUGGACUAGUACAAGCCUUUCAAAAAGAGUUGGCAAAAAUGAAGUUGGUACACUUACCUCGAACAAAAUGUGAUCAUUAAAUCCGGCUAAAGCUAAAGACGCCAUGCAUACCAAAGCUUACAUAUGGUUUUAUGCAUUUUCUAGAAUAUUGCUGCAAACUGACUAAAAUGGAUAAGUAUCUGCAUAAACAGGAAGACAGAUGCAAUUCCAUCUGGAACAUAAUAGAAUCUGCUGUGCAGUCAUUGUGUGAAAUUGUGUGAAGUAUUUGGCCUGUGCUUUUUUCUUGAAUGUUAAGUGCAUAUGUGGACACAUCACAAUUUGUAGACACCAGGCUGUUGUGAUACAGUAGAUCGCUUGAAGAAUGUGCUUUCCUGCCCUCGAGUAUUUUGUCUUGCCAAGUGUGUGUGUGCGUGCGUGUGUGUGUGUGUGAAGAAAUUAUGCUUUUACACUUCUCUGUUGGACGGUACCAAUGGAAUAUUUGCUUAAGAUGUUGCUGUCUAGAUGAAGUAUGUAUUGCAAAUUGAGCUCCGACUUCAGUGAUUUGUUAUGCAAAUAAAACUGU